AGUGUGACACCUACCGGAAGUAAACAGAGAACUAGCAUCGUUCGCUGUGUGGAUGUGUGGAGUUAGCGGGAAGACGGUGGUGUAGUCGUAUCUGAGAGAAAUAUUUCAGUGGUAAUGAAGCAACAAUGUCUUCAGUUCAGUGUUUGAGAGAGUUUGUCAACGAGCGACUAACUGCUGCUGCUGAAGAAAUAUCCAGAGUCUUUGAACAAACUAUCGUCGAGUACGAGGAAGAGAUCGACCGUCAGCGCAGACUGCUGGAUAUCGUGUGGAAACCUGAGAUAAGGCUGCACAGGACAGAGCUCCCACAGCAACAUGUCUGUAAGGAGGAGGAGGUUCUCACUGAGCAGCAGCUCUGUAACCAGGAGAGGAACUCCAGUCUGGACCAAGAGGAGCCAGAGCCUCCACAGAUUAAAGAGGAACAGGAGGAAGUGUGCAGCAGUCAGGAGGGAGAGCAGCUUGUACUGAAGCAGGAGAGCCAGACCUUUAUGUUGACUCCUACUAAUGAGGAAAGUGAGCACAGUGAAGCAGAAGCAAACAGUGAGCAGCAGCUCCUCUCUCACAACUCUCCUGUAGCUGAGAGCCAAGAUCAGAGAGGAAGCCAGCAUGUGGACCCAGGAUCAACUACAAAUGCAGAACCACGGCCAAAGAGGAGACGUCUCAAAAACACAAGUCACAGGAACAAUGAACACAACUCUCCCACAACAGAGACUCACUGUGACACUCAGAAAGGUCAACAGACUUUAAGAUGUGACACCUGUGGGAAAACUUUUAAGUACAAGUCUCAACUGGACGUACAUCUGAUAAUCCACACAGGUGAGAAGCCGUACCUGUGCAACACCUGUGGGAAAAGAUUCAGUCGUAAGGAAACAUGUAAAAGGCACAUGAGAAUCCACACAGGUGAGAAGCCAUACCUGUGCAACACCUGUGGAAAAAGAUUUAAUGAUAAGGCAUCAUAUGAGAGGCACAUGAGAAUCCACACAGGUGAGAGGCCGUACCUGUGCAACACCUGUGGAAAAAGAUUUAAUGAUAAGGCAUCAUAUGAGAGGCACAUGAGGAUCCACACAGGUGAGAAGCCGUACUCCUGCAACACCUGUGGAAAAAGAUUUUGUUACACAGCAACAUAUAAAAGUCACAUGAGAACACACACAGGUGAGAAGCCGUACCUGUGCAACACCUGUGGAAAAAGAUUUAAUGAUAAGGCAGCAAAUAAAAGGCACAUGAGGAUCCACACAGGUGAGAAGCCGUACUCCUGCAACACCUGUGGAAAAAGAUUCUCUCGGACAACACACUUGCAACGCCACAUGAGAAUUCAUACAAAUGAGAAAUAUUUCAGUGGUAAUGAAGCAACAAUGUCUUCAGUUCAGUGUUUGAGAGAGUUUGUCAACGAGCGACUAACUGCUGCUGCUGAAGAAAUAUCCAGAGUCUUUGAACAAACUAUCGUCGAGUACGAGGAAGAGAUCGAUCGUCAGCGCAGACUGCUGGAUAUCGUGUGGAAACCUGAGAUAAGGCUGCACAGGACAGAGCUCCCACAGCAACAUGUCUGUAAGGAGGAGGAGGUUCUCACUGAGCAGCAGCUCUGUAACCAGGAGAGGAACUCCAGUCUGGACCAAGAGGAGCCAGAGCCUCCACAGAUUAAAGAGGAACAGGAGGAAGUGUGCAGCAGUCAGGAGGGAGAGCAGCUUGUACUGAAGCAGGAGAGCCAGACCUUUAUGUUGACUCCUACUAAUGAGGAAAGUGAGCACAGUGAAGCAGAAGCAAACAGUGAGCAGCAGCUCCUCUCUCACAACUCUCCUGUAGCUGAGAGCCAAGAUCAGAGAGGAAGCCAGCAUGUGGACCCAGGAUCAACUACAAAUGCAGAACCACGGCCAAAGAGGAGACGUCGCAAAAACACUCCAAGCAGUAAAAAGUCUUUCAAAUGCGACACGUGUGGAAAAACAUAUCAGUUUAAGUGCCGGUUGAUUAAACAUGUGAGGACCCACACAGGAGAGAAACCAUAUUCUUGUGAAACAUGUGGGAAAGGAUUUAGUUACAAGCCAACAUUGACCAGGCACAUGAGAAUCCACACAGGGGAGAAACCAUACUGUUGCAACAGCUGUGGGAAAGGAUUUGCUGGUCGUGACCGCUUGUCGCUCCACAUGAGAAUCCACACAGGUGAGAAACCAUUUGCCUGCAACACCUGUGGGAGAAGAUUUAGUGACAAGAGACAUAUGAAAAGGCACAUGAGGAUCCAUACGGGUGACAAACCAUUUUCCAAACCCAAGGCGAGAGUAAAAAUUCAAUCGGACGUUAACACUGAUCGAUCCUUUAAGAGCCCACAGUGGUGAGAAACCACAUCACUGCACCUGAGUUAAGAAGGCGAGUGAGUGGAUGAUGAACUGAGAUACCUUUUAGUACUGUUGGGUCAUUUAUGUUUCCAUCCUGCUGACUGAAGUGUUAUUGUCAUUUUUGUGUAUUUUGUGUUUACAUCGACAUGAUAGAAUUCUUCUUGUUUCGGGCUUUAGAGGUGACACAUGAACACAAGUUUUACAAGAUGAACUACAG